GCCAAUGCAGUCACACGAAAUACCAGACAGACCGUGGAGCCGAGUAGCUACCGAUCUUUUUAAUCUCCAGUCUAAAGACUAUAUAGUACUCGUUGACUACUAAUCCGACUACAUAGAAGUCAGCCCACUCAAGGAUACUACCUCAAAGUCUAUCAUAAACUUCCUAAAGGUUCAGUUUAGCCGCCAUGGAAUACCCGAUGUACUGGUAUCUGAUAACGGCCCGCAAUACGUCAGCCACGAGUUCGACCAAUUCACCAAAGAAUGGGAGUUUAAACAUGUUUCUUCUUCUCCCUACCACCCAAAGGCGAAUGGAAAAGCAGAAUCAGCAGUAAAAACAGCUAAAAGCCUCUUUAGGAAAGCAUUUAGAGACCACAAAGACCCAUGGUUAGCUCUCUUGGACUAUCGAAAUACACCAAUGCAGGGAAUGCAGACUAGCCCUGUACAGCGCUUGAUGUCUAGAAGAACAAAAACCCUCGUGCCAAUAGCGACUAGCCUAUUACAUCCUGAAGUACAAGACGGUGUGAUGACGAAAAUAGAGCUGAAAAGACAGAAAGCUAAAAGCCACUACGAUAAGAAUACCAAGAUCUUACCAGAUCUCCACAUAGGUCAGGAAGUGAGAGUCUCGCCAACGCAAAGAGGAAAGCCGUGGGACACCGCUAUCUGCAGAGAGAAACUAUCGGAUCGUUCAUACAUGGUUGAAACUAAUGGGGAGUCGUUACGCAGGAACAGGGAGGCCCUUAAUCCUGAACAACCUAAGCCUGAACAACCGGCUAAAGAAACAUCACAACCAACGCCAGACCAACUACCACAGCCUACGGAAGCUGUGCUCAGGAGAAGUCAGAGAGUGAUCAAGAAACCAGAUCUCUUCGUCUAAACAGACAACAAUAACAGCAACAAACG